AUGCGCGGGCACUUUGGCGUGGUGAAGCGAUGCCGGGAGCGUAGCACCGGCACCUUCUACGCCGCCAAAUUCGUGAAGACGCGGCGAUGCCGGGGCAGCCGCCUGGGGCUGGAGCGGGCGCAGGUGGAGCGGGAGGUCGCCAUCCUCCGCCAGCUCGACCACCCCAACAUCAUGCGGCUCCAUGACCUCUUCGCCAGCAGAGCCGAGAUGGUGCUCGUCCUGGAGCUGAUCGGCGGCGGGGAGCUCUUCGACUUCAUCGCGGAGAAGGAGAUGCUGUCGGAGGAGGAGGCCAUCGAGUUCCUGGGACAGAUCCUGCGCGGGGUGGAGUACCUGCACGCCCACCGCAUUGCCCACUUCGACCUCAAGGUGAGCAUCGGGGUCAUCACCUAUAUCCUGCUCAGCGGCUUGUCCCCCUUCCAGGGUGAGACGGAUGCCGAGACCCUCUCCAACGUCGUGGCCGGCGCCUACGAGUUCGAGGAGCGCUGCUUCAGCCAGACCUCCGAGAUGGCCAAGGACUUCAUCCAGCAGCUGCUAGUGAAGGAGCCAGGGUGA